AUGAAACAAAAGAUGAAGAUAAAGUGGAAGCGCGCCAACCUCGACAACCUAUACCUAGCUGUCAAGAAAGCGGCCGAUGAGAAUGGAGUUGGCCUCAUGGAAAAUUGCAGUGAAAUCGUAUGUUCUUGUGUCAAAUAUAUUGUGGUUUAUAUCACCGUUCGCUAUAGCCAACAUAACAUUUAUACCAACGGUAAACAUGUUGUGUUGACUAUAGCGAACUUUUCCUUUAUUAAGUGUUUUACAGUUAUUACUGUAACUUUUAGCAAACAACAUCCGUUGCAAUGGAGGAACCAAAGAAAGACACAGAGCAAAAGAGCAGAACCGAUUCCAUCAAGAAGAAAGUCACAACAUCACAGAAUCAACAACUUUAA